AAACACGCCAUGUGACCAGUUACGAACAGCGUGCUGUUGGUAAUACAUUGUUUGUAGGUGCAAUACGUUAUAAUCUAUAGGCAACUGUACGCGUUCACAUGUGUACUAUAGCUAUGUAUUCAUGCCACAGUGACGGCUGAUGGCGCAGCGGAGCGGCAGGAGAGCGAGGAGGAAGAGAAGGAAACGAGAGGGAGUAGCAGCUGUCCAGUCAGUGACGUUGUCUCAUGAGCCUCCGUUUGUGUGUCUGAGGAGGUGGCUGCAGAAGCGAGGCUUCAGCUCACGACUGCUGCUCCCAGCACACUUCUCAGAUACGGGGAGAGGUCUGCUCAGCCUGACGGCUCUCCAGCCAGGUGAACUACUCAUCUCCUUACCGGAGUCUUGUCUGUUGACCACUUCUACCGUUUUAAAAAGCUACCUGGGGCAGUACAUCAAGAGGUGGCAGCCGCCAGUGUCUCCUCUGCUGGCCCUGUGUACCUUCCUCAUAUGUGAGAGACACCUGGGAGAAGAUGCUGAUUGGAUGCCCUACAUAAAAGUCCUACCCACUUCCUACACAUGUCCCGCCUACUUCUCUGAUGAGGUCAUCAGCCUUCUGCCGAGUGGAGUGAGGGAGCGGGCCCUACAGCAGAAACAGGAAGUCCAGGAGCUCCAUGCCUCCUCAUUGGCCUUCUUCAGGUUCUUGCAGCCCCUGUUGGUUUGCUGUGUGGAGGAGGUGUUCUCUCUGGAGGCUGUGCUCUGGGCCUGGUGUAGCGUCAACACCCGUACCGUCUACAAGAAGCAUCCUUACAACCCCUCCCUGUCCAGACAAGAAGAUGUCUAUGCCUUGGCGCCAUACCUAGACCUCCUCAACCACCGCCCUGACACACAGGUGCAAGCGUGUUUCAACGAGGUGUCCAAAUGUUAUGAGGUGCACAUCCUUCAAGGCUGCCACAAGUUCCAACAGGCCUUCAUAUGCUACGGUCCACAUGACAACCAGCGUCUGCUGCUGGAGUAUGGCUUUGUCGCCCCCGACAACCCCCAUGGAGUGGUUUACGUGGAGGAAGGGCUCCUGCAAAAGUGUGUUAGUGCUGAAGGCAGAGGCCAGCUGGAACAGAAGUUGCUCUUCCUCAAACAACAUGACUUACUACAAAAUCUGACCUUUGGCGUUGACGGGCCGUCCUGGAGACUAAUGACUGUCCUAAGACUACUGUCACUGAGACCCGAACACUACCCCCAGUGGAAGAGCGUCCUGCAGGGGGCAGCAGUGAGUGAGGAAACGGAGCAGCUGAACGUCCUCAUGGCUGCUCACACCUGCCAGCUGCUGCUGCAGGACACCACCACCGUCCUGGACCAGAUCUCCAGGCUGAGAAAGCAGUGUGACCAGGUUCUGAGGGAGCAGUUGGAGGUGGUGGCUCAAUUACGUCAAGAGGAGCAAGGCAUUCUGGGUCGUUCCUUAGAUGUGUUGCGGAGGCUCCCGGCGCACAGCCAGGCUGAGUGAAGAAUAGAUGUCCCUGAUAGGUCAACAUUAUCGCUGCCUGUCUAAUCACAAGUGUCCUCUCCAUGCACCUGAAAAACAUGGGUCUUGAGAAGAACUAUGCAGUCCUUGAUCAGGGCAGAUUGCAGUGCCUGCUUCCUUCAGACUGUGUGGGUACAGAUCUCAGAUCUGGCCUGGGCCUGCGUUUACACCAGGCUGCUGAACAAACAGACACCACACAUUUUAUACAAACAAGGAAAAACUUUAUUAGCCACCAACACGAUGGCUGUUGCUGUCAAUCAAAAGAUAGAUGUUGGCUGAUGUGGAUGUGGGGAGAAAUGACAGAUGAGGGAAUACUGAAACACAACCAGGAAGUGUCUGUCCCCCAGAGGACUGAUGGGACUU